AAAGCCGACAAUGGUGAGUCAGAGGUACAACAAAAUCAGAAUCUGAACCAAAAUGAGAAUCAGAAUCAGAAAGACAGUGCAAAAUUGUCAGAAGAGUUGCAUCCAGCAGCCACACCACAGCCAGCAGCAGCAACAACACCUCCAGCUGGAACCGGAUGA